AUGGCAGAGGUAUGGAAUGCCAAGAUCGUUGGAUAUAGGUCAAAACCGAUUAUCACUCUAUUGGAGGAACUGAGAUGCUACAUUAUGAGGAGGAUGGCUGCACAUCAGAGGGUGCUAGGAACUGUUCGGGGUAAAAUAGCUCCUGCUCAGCAAUUGAAACUAGAUCAGUUAAAGGUUCUUAGCAAUUCAUGGACACCCACUUGGACUGGAAAUCUGCAGCAAGAUAUGUAUGAGUUGACUGGACUACCUUGUGAGCAUGCUAUAGCAGCAAUUUGUCACAAAAGCGAGCAUGCCGAGAACUAUGUCCAUCAAUGGCUUACAGUUGAUGCAUUGCAUGCCACAUAUGAGCACACCUUAAACCCAGUGAACUCGGACAAGUAUUGGCCUGCAUCUGAUGAACCCAAACCUCUUCCACCAAAACUGAAAAGGCCAAUUGGGCGUCCCAAGAAACACAGGAAGAAGGACCCAACUGAAGACCAAGGGAGCAUGACAAAGAAAGUUAAAAGGACAUAUGAAGCCAAGUGUAGUAAGUGUGGUCAGACUGGACACUAUGUCAAGAGUUGUAAGGGGCCACCAGCUUCCAAAACAGACAAGAGCCAAGCAAGACCACAAUCUGUGAAGAUUGGCACAGACUCAGUAAAUGAAAUCCCAUUAAGUCAAGGAGGCUCGUCAGAAAUUGGUAGUUCUCAGGCACAACAAGUCAACUUGAGAGGAUGCAGCUCACCUCCUUCAAAUCCAGAAGAAGCAAAUGCAGUGUUGACUGAAGAGACAAUAAAGGCAGCCAACACUGGCACACGAAGCAGAUUUAUGCACUUCAUGACAACACCUGGUUUCAUGCCACGAAGGCGAUCCUCAAGAAAAUGA